AUGACUGGACAAGAGGCCAAUCCGUUGACGUCUUGGAUUUCCUCCUGGGUGGGAAGCUCUGCAUCUUCAGCAUCCAAACUUCCAGAUGGAAAGGUGGAGGAUGAAGACAAGUGGGAGCGUGAACGAGCUUUCGACAUCGCUGACAGUCUGGAAAACGGCUUGGCGCGGGAGAUUGUCACGGAGUUCAUGCAUCCCCUCCGAAGAGCUAGCAAGCUCUGGAAAUUCCACGUCAUCCGAUCCGAGGUCAAGAACUUGCCUGCUGACAUCAAAGAGAAGGAGGUGAAAUACAUCUUCAGCAAGUAUGGAGUCGUGCAAGCCGCUGAUGUGAUAAUGUGGCCAGGGACGCCAACGCUGUGUCCGAACGGGAACUUGGCAUCAGUGGAGACGCCGCUUUCCAGCCGCCAGAAGGUGGAGUGGCAGGCUUGUGCGUUCAUCACGUACAGCAAGGCAGAAGCUGCCGGGACGGCGGUGAAAGCAUUGAAUGGUGUGUACCGUCCACGCAGUUCAUCGCCAGAGCCACUAGCUGUCAUGCUUGCUCGGCCUGGAGCGCUUCCGGACCCAGUGCAGUCAGGCUUGCCUGCGCCACAAGAUGAGCAAGUCGCGGUGAUUGCUAGCGUGGACAAGGUCGGGAGCAAUUUCUCCUCAAGCUUGCCUGCAGCAGCAACUGCCACGGCCUCUUAUGUCGCGGAGAAGACUCGAUGUAAACUUUUCGUUGGCAAUCUCCACUCCGACAUUCCGCGAGAAAGGUUGAGCCAAGUCUUCGGAGAAUGGGGUAGGGUCGUGAACGUGCAUGUCAUGACCGGGAAGUCCAAGUUCGGCAGUGCUUGUGCGUUUGUAGAAAUGGCCACACCUGCCGAAGCCGAAAUUGCCUUGAAGGCACUUCACCAAAAGUACGAGCCGAGGAUCGGAUCUAUGACUGCUCCGGUUACAGUGACGUACUUCCAGUCUCAAAGCAGUGGAAAGGCAGCACAAACCCUGGGCUCACCAGCUGUGCCGGGUUUCUCCCAAGCUGGUGGGUUUUCGAGAUACACUCCGUACCAAGUCUAG